UGACGAAAUCUCACAGAAUACUUGAGCCACAGACCUCACUCUCUCUUCCCAUUUCUCUGUAAAAAAAAAAAAAAAACUAAAAAAUCACUUCUCUCUCUUUCUCUUUCUCUCUCUACUGUUUCAAUGGCCGGUAUGUUAGAAACCAUUGUAAUUCCACGCGCCUCCGUUUUCUCCUCGUCGUCGGCGCGUUCGGUUCCUAUUGCCGAUUUGUCGGUCUCCGGUGUCCGUCGCUCCUCGGCAGUUAAUUUUUCUCAGUUCAGUGGUCUUAAGGUGCAGCUGAAUCGGUCGCCGGUUUCUUUCAGCUCACGAUCGGAAUCCGUUCGCCGCGGUGGACGAAUCGUCUGUGAAGCUCAGGAAAGUACUACCGUUACAGCUGCUGCUGUUACUGAUAAAACAUGGAAGUCACUUGUAAUCGAGUCUAAGUUACCCGUCCUGGUUGAAUUUUGGGCUCCGUGGUGUGGUCCGUGCAAAAUGAUCCAUCCCAUCAUUAACGAACUAGCACAGGAAUACGCUGGCAAGUUCAGUUUCUUCCAGCUGAAUACAGAUGAAAGCCCCUCCAUUGCAAGUGAAUAUGGUAUCCGAAGUAUCCCAACUGUCAUGAUUUUCAAGAAUGGAGAGAAGAAAGACGCGGUGAUUGGUGCAGUUCCAAAAACAACAUUGGCCACGAGCAUCGAUAAGUUCUUGUAGUACGAUGGUGCGCGCAUAUAGAUACCUUUCGUAAGAACUUUUUGCUGUUUUUCUUUUCCUUUAUGUAUAUUCUAUAUUUGCCUUCAAAAGCACAGCUAGAAUAUAGUAAAUAAACCUGAAAAUGUUCCUGUAUAGAUUAUGGAGCUAUGUUUCCUCUUACUUCAGAAUUCUUCACUGGUAAUUUUUGCUUUACAAAUUUCAGACAUUAUAACUGAAGUAAUAUUCUA